AUGCAUGGCUCGUCUCCUGUUCCCACUCUGCCGCAGCCCAACGACAACGGUCGCACUCAUAUAUCUUCCCUCUCUUCCUCGUCCUCCAUUUCGGACGCAGAAACCGAGAAGCGCGGUCGCUCUGAACGUCCUCGAAUGGCUAGCCGGAAGCCAAGCGCCUCGAUACUAGUCCCCAGAGACCAUCCUGAAAUCGAAAUCGAAGAGGAGGAAUUCCCCCCAGACGAUGCGCGCGCGAUGAGUCCCCGACGGAACUCGGCCGACUUGGAGCGCCUUGGGAAGGAGGCCCGACAGACCUUGCAGGAACAAGCCAAAGCCCUCCAGUCCUCCCUCCAAGCGCUCGCGGAACGUAUCGACGCUGUCAAAUCCGACCAUGAUAAGCUAGAAAGCGAAAACAAAUUUCUGCAAGAUUACAUCGGUGGUCUCACCCGGAACAUGACCAAGAGCGAAAUGACCAGAACAAGCACCAAAGUCAAAAAAUCCCAUAAAUAG